UUGCAGUGAAAGUUAGCGAAAGUAAUAUUCAAACUUGAAUGUAUCAUUGUUUAGUUUGUUGCUAACGAGAAAUAUGUUUACGGCAACGUGCGUGGCGCCUGUCAAUAUGGCCCUAGUCAAAUACUGGGGCAAGCGCAACGAGGAGCUCAUACUGCCCAUCAAUGACUCCAUCAGCAUGACGCUGGACGCCAACGAGAUGUGCGCCAAGACAACUGUAGCCGCUUCGGAGAGCUUCAAGGAGAAUCGCAUGUGGCUCAAUGGUGACGAGCAGCCUUUCCAGGCGAAUGCCCGCCUGCAGCGCUGCCUGGAUGGCGUACAACGUCUCGCUCUGGCGCAUGGCGGCGCACACAGGUUUCCACUCUCGUGGAAAGUUCACAUUGCAUCGCACAAUAAUUUUCCAACAGCCGCUGGACUCGCUUCCAGUGCAGCUGGCUAUGCGUGCCUUGUGUACACACUGGCACGCCUGUACGAUGUGCCGUUAGACGAGCAGCUGACGACAAUUGCACGGCAGGGCUCGGGUUCAGCCUGCCGUAGUUUAUACGGCGGGUUUGUGCAAUGGCAACGUGGUUCAUCGGCUGAUGGCAGUGACUCGAUUGCUGUGCAACUGUCGCCUGCCACGCAUUGGCCAAAUAUGCACAUGUUGAUUCUGGUUGUGAAUGAUGCACGCAAAAAAACUGGCUCCACAAGUGGCAUGCAACGUGCCGUUGAAACCUCUGCCUUGAUACAGCAUCGGGCCACGCAGGUGGUGCCACAACGCAGUAAGGAACUGAAGGUGGCCAUUGAGAAGCGUGAUUUUAAUGCAUUUGCCACAAUCACGAUGAAGGAAUCGAAUCAGUUGCACGCAAUCGCAUUGGACACCUUUCCGCCGUGUGUCUACAUGAAUGAUGUCUCCCACUCCAUUGUCAAUUUCGUGCACGAGUACAACGAGGAGGCGGGCUCCCUGCAUGUGGCAUACACAUUCGAUGCGGGUCCUAAUGGUUGCCUCUAUGUCCUCGAUGAGCAUGUGCCCCAUCUUUUGGCUGCCAUUCAAUUGGCAUUUCCCAAUGAUGCCCAGCAGAGUGUCGAAUAUCUCAAAGGGAUUCCAGUGCCAGCAGUGGCUGUAAAGAAUGGUUUUGGGGAGAAUUCCGCUUCUGUUUACCACAUCAACGCCAGGAAUACGCUCAAAUACAUAAUUCACACCAAGAUUGGCGAGGGUCCCUGCCAGCUGGGCGAUGAGAAGAGUCUGCUAAUCGACGGACUUCCACUACCAAAAUAAUUUUCAAGGUGUGAUUAAUUAAUUAUGUCAUGAAUAUUUAAAAAGUAGCAGCAUCUAGUUUGGUUUUUUUUCACAUCACAUUUUUAUUUACUUUGUUGGCG